AUGUCUGAUGAGCAAGAGAAGAGCCGAAGCUGGGACUGGGACAGUACUCAGUGUCAAGCUCAGCUGGAAUUUUAUGAUCUGAGCGACUUUGACAAGGGGCAAAUUGUGAUGGCUGGACGACUGGAGCAUCUCCAAAACGGCAGGUACAGAAUCAGCAUCUCAGUGUGCUCCAAAGAUGUGGAGGAGUGCGUGGGAGGAUCUGAUAACAGGAGGUGCAGAGAGACCUCCAGUCCUGGCAGGCAGGAGAUCACAGACUGCCGCAUUGCUUUCCUCCAUUUCCUAGAUUUCAACCAGAAGCAAAGUGUCAAUAAGCUUGCCAAACUGAGAAGGGAACAGAAGAGUCUGCCCAUCUUCCAGUACCGAGUCAGGAUUGUGGAGCUGGUGAGGACUCACCCUGUGGUGGUGGUGGCUUGCGACACGGGAUGUGGAAAGUCAACACAAGUGCCCCAGUACCUGCUGACAUCAGGGUUCAACCACAUAGCCUGCACUCAACCACGUCGCAUUGCCUGCAUCUCGCUGGCCAAGAGAGUGAGCUUUGAGAGCCUCAACCAGUACGGCUUCAAGGUACAAGGUUGCCAGAUCCGCUUUGAGAGCAGCCGUACCACAGCUACCAAACUCCUGUUCUUGACCAAGGGUCUCCUGCUCAGGCAGAUUCAGCAGGAUGCUGCUCUGGGACAGUACCAGGUGCUGAUUGUGGAUGAGGUGCAUGAGAGACACCUGCACUGUGACUUUCUGCUGGGAGACUUGCGUUCCCUUCUGGCCCUGCGCACAGACCUGCGGCUGGUUCUCAUGUCGGCCACCAUCAACAUCAGACUGUUCAGUUACUUCAACAACGCACCUGUUCUGCAGGUCCCAGGCAGGCUCUUUCCUAUACAGGUAAUCUACCAGCAUCCUCCAUAAGAGCAGGUGUCCUGCUCUGAGAAGGUAGACUCAUGGCCGUACUUGUGUAUGCUGCAGAGUAUUGACCAGCGGUAUCCACCAGAGUUGAGGGGUGACCUGCUACUCUUCCUCAGUGGAGUGGAUUAGAUCUCCACCAACCAGGAGCCCUGCCAGACUUACGCCACACACACACACACACAACGCUGGAUCGUCCAUCCUUUGCACAGCAUGCUUUCAAUGGCCCAGCAGGAUAAUGUGUUUGACAUUGCUCCCCCAGGUGUAUGAAAAUGCAUAAUUUCUACCAACAUUGCUGAGACGUCAGUCAUUAUCAAUGGAGUAUGCUUUGUGGUCUCCUUGUGCUGCAGAAUUCAGACUGCAGUGACAUAUCUGCGAGAGCAGGGGGUACUAGAUGAGGAUGGAGAACUCACUCCCAUUGGCAGACUGCUGGUUCAGUUACCUGUGGAUAUGGUCAUUGGAAUAUUCUGGGUCCAUUUCAAGGUGAAAGCAGACAGAGGAAGUGGCUCCAGGAAGUGGUGCAGAAGGAUUGGGCUGGAGGAACAGAGGCUGUACGAGAUGGUCAACCUUAGACAACAGUUCAAAGAGCUGCUGCAGACUCAUGGUCUGCUGGAGGCUGAUUCGGGUGGCAGGGCGAAACCGCAUGAUCGAGCCCGGUGCAGGGAGAGACUAACCGAGAGGCAGAAGCUGCACCAGCUUAAACGUGAUCACGAGCUCUAGGAGAACACCAAGAGGAAAGUUCUCCAUCUGGAAGAGGGACUGGAGGAAGAUGCCUCAUCUGGGUCUGAUGGGUAG